UUAGUUGCGCGUUGUUGCUUGAAGCGUGAGGUUUUGGCUCCGACUUAGGCUCCGCAAGAUAAAGUUUUGUCAGCUCCCAGUUCGCAAAGAGGAAAUCACAAUCACCCGGCCCGGCUUUUCAACAAAAACGCAGAAGACAAUAACGACGCAAUAACCACCAUGGAAACCUAUUUGACCGAGAUCAAACAAUUGCGCAUACCACGCCCGAAAUUUGAGCCCAACAGCUGCCAUCAGCAGCACCAACAUGCAACAGUGACGGCGACGCCCCCACCGCACCAUAAUCAUCAUUAUCAGUGGCGACACUUUGUGCGUCCCUUUACACCGCCACGCGACUAUCAUUUGCCAGUUGUUGGCGCUACGGACAGCGCCACGCACGACAAGAUGUGAGCGAGAAGUCUGGGGUUUUGCUCUGGGUCUGGGUUAGAGUUCUUCGUGGUUUGAUUUGCAUUGGAUUACAAUUGCGCUUAUUGGCUUUAUGAGUGCUUAGUGUUAGUUUACAAUAUAUAUUAUAAAACAAAAGCUAGCUAGCAAGCGCAUAUAUUAGUGCUU